UGUGUGUUCUUGAUUGACCCCUAGCUAGCUCAGUAUAUUAUUAUUUAUUUAGCUGCUAAAGCUAGCUAACGAGGUGGGCGCACAUAACAUGGCGGAUUGUUUUUGGCCACAUCGUUCAAGCCGCCGCAGUAAAUGGGACCAGCCCGGUCCGAAUACCAUGGCGGAGAGCGAGGCUGCGCCUUCCGGUGCCCUGGACGCGGCGGCAGCCGUGGCAGCCAAAAUCAACGCCAUGCUGGUGGCCAAGGGAAAACUGAAGCCAUCGCAGAUUGGUGUCCCUGGAGCUCCGGACAAAGCCUCAGGGGCUGGUAAGACCUUGCCAGCCAUGAAGACGAAGGAUGAUCUUGUCGUGGCGGAGGUGGAGAUAAACGACGUUCCCCUCACCUGCAGGAACCUUCUGACCCGUGGACAGACGCAGGACGAGAUCAGCAGAGUCAGCGGAGCCGCUGUUUCCACCAGAGGGCGCUACAUGACAGCAGAGGAGAAGGGCAAGGCUCUGCCUGGUGAUCGUCCCCUCUACCUGCACGUCCAAGGGCAGACGAGAGAUCUUGUUGACCGAGCAGUGAACAGGAUUAAGGAAAUCAUUACCAACGGGGUUGUGAAGGCAGCCACCAGCUCCGGCUCCUCGUACAAUGGCGCCACAGUCACAGUCUACCAUCAGCACGCCCCCCCGCCCCCGUCACUGCCUCCCAUGGGCCACAAGCCGCACUUUCAGUCAGGGAUGCACUACGUACAGGACAAGCUGUUUGUGGGCCUGGAGCAUGCUGUCCAUGGGUUCUCAGUGAAGGAGCGGGUGGAGGGUCCGGGCUGCUCGUACCUGCAGCACAUCCAGGCAGAGACCGGCGCCAAGGUCUUCCUCAGGGGCAAGGGCUCCGGCUGCCUGGAACCCGCGUCCGGCCGCGAGGCCUUUGAGCCCAUGUACAUCUACAUCAGUCACCCCAAACCCGAGGGCCUGGCUGCAGCUAAGACACUGUGUGACAACCUGCUGCAGACUGUGCACGCGGAGUACUCCCGUUUCCUCAGUCAGAUGAGCGCUAUGAUGCCCACGCCAGGGUUUAUCCAGCCCCCAGCUCUGAACGGGAUGCCCCCACAGCCCCCGUACUACCCUCCUGCGGGCUACCAGCCUGGCUACCCUCCUCCUGUCCCGCCCCCGCAGCCCGUCCCGCCCCCCUACACGGUACCCCCUCCGGUGCUCCCGGGGGCGACGGCCGCGAUGCCUCCUCCCAGCUCACAGUAUCCCAUCGCCCCUGCGCCCGCCUCGCUCGCUCAGGCCCCCCUACCGGCACCUUUCCCCCCCUCCGCAAUGGUCCAGCCCAAAGCUCCGCCUCCCGGAGGCCCCACUAACCCUCCCCAAAAGCGACGCUUCACUGAAGAGGUGCCGGAUGAGCGGGACAGCGGGCUGCUGGGAUACCAGCAUGGACCCAUUCAUAUGACUAAUUUAGGUGCAGGCUUCUCUGUGGGCAGCUCAGAGGCUUCAGGACCCCCGCCAGCCAGUUCCCCUGUGGCUCCAACCGAGAGGGACAGUCGGCAGCUAAUGCCACCGCCGCCCCUGCCAAUGAACGGUGUUCGACCCAGGACAGAUGACAGGAGGGCGCUGACUGGCCCUCUGGAGCCAGCUCUGAAGCGCAUGAAGACUGGACUGGUGGCCUACGCGGGAGACUCGUCGGACGAAGAGGACGACCACGUGGCCGCCAAGGCCGCCGGGGCAGGUAACGGGGGAGGGGGCUCCUCCGGCGGCUGGACGUUGGGGUACCGCUGCCCCCCUCCUCCGCCACCCCGCCCCAAAACACAGACCCAGCAGCCCAUGCCGUUUUGGAUGGCACCGUGAAAGACAGAGCCUCUCAACUUCACUACCCCCCACUUCUGCUGCCCCAACACUUCUUUUUUCAUUUUUAAAGAGGGAAGGCUUGGAGCUGCUUUCCAAAAGACUCAUUUUUGAUGAAAUUUGUUUUUGCCUUUAUGCUCAGUACUGAAGAGGUAGUAUGGGAUGUACUUCGGUGAUUUAUAGUAACUCGAUAGGAGUCCAGAAAUCCAGAUUGGCCCGUUCAUGCCAGUCAGAUCGAAAAGACACUGGGACUCUCGCGCAAGCCAAGUUCUGCUCCAUUGUGACACGUGGAGUGGACUGGACGGGCAUGUAGUGUCUUUACUUGGAAGACAACAUUUUUUAUUUAAAAAUGUUAUUUUGUACAUUUCUGUUUAGGAGAGUGUUGCUUGUAAAAGUGGUAAGUUGAACGAAACGAUGAACUAGAUAUUCUUAUUCGUAGUGGAAUUAAGUUUGAAAAAGAAUAUCCCCGUAAUAGCUGGGAGGCUGUGCCCUUCCAGCUUCCUCCCUGCCCCCCCCGCCCCUUUCUGUGCCCCCCUCUGUGUCCAAAUCUGGAGAGAUACCCCAAACCCUGUGCACUUGCAUGGGAAUCUGGUCAAACGGAAGCCCCACAACUUUCACUGCGACUCAAACUCUCAUCUCUCUUGCUUUUGUCGAAUAAAUGAACAAUGUUAUUUAUUUGUAUAAUUUCCUGUUUUCAAGCGUGGCAGUGAUGAUUUUUUUUCGAUUUUCCAAAUGUUUGCUUGCAAAUGUAUUUCACUAAUUCUCUUCCAGUGCCUGCGGAUGCUACACAGGUUGUCUAAUAAAAGUUUACUUGAUCAUGUUUUUAAAAAUAAAGACCCUCAUGGCUUAAGUAAA